UCAGGUCGUGUUUUAGAUUUCAGGAAGAAUAGAGAAGAAGAGGAAGAUCAAACACCAAAGCGAUCGACACAGAUAUGAAAUGAUGAGUACGGGGAGGACUCCAUUGUUGUUGCUCUUCUUUAACCUAAUCAUUUUCUCAGCAGCUGGCAAACAUAAUGGAGUGUGCAUUUCCCAGGGUGGUCGCUUUGCUCCAUUCUCUUCUGAAGGGAAACCUCCUAGUAAAGUAACCAAGGGACCCAAGGAUUUAACUCUUUGCAGGGUUUUUCGUAAAAGAACUUGCUGUGAUGUAGCCCAGACACAUCCAGCUUUGCUAACUAUUAGAAGGUUGGCUUCUGCUGGAGAAGCCAGCCAGGAGUGCUUACAGCUGUGGGAGCUGUUGGAAUGUUCUAUCUGUGAUCCACGUGUUGGUGUUCAGCCAGGACCCCCUCUUAUAUGUGCUUCUUUUUGCGAUAGGGUCUUUGAAGCUUGCGCUGGUGCGUACUUCUCUGAAGAUGUAAAGACCCAGGUACUGUCGCCGUGUGGCUUAAACGACUUUGUUUGUGGCAGAGUAUCUGAAUGGGCUUCUAAUGGGACAGAACUCUGCAAAAUUGCUGGUUUUGCUAUUAAAUCUUCGGAAGAUAACUAUGGUGCUGGGAUUGAACCAUCUUGUUAUGGUGGGAAGGCUAGUCUAGAUUCAAUCGCUGAUUCAUGGAAGACUUCAAGACCUGCUAAUUCAUGGAAGACUUCAAGACCUGGCGUGCCUAGGAGAGCUCAGAAACUAGGAUCAUUUCAAGACUUUCAGCAGUGGGUUAGACAGAUGCCAAUUAAUGAAAGAGUUUCAUGGGCGGUAGGAGGGAUGGUACUCACAGCAGGACUUCUGUUUGUUAGCAAAAGGAGAAGUCAGGGCCACAUUCGUACACAAGGAGCCUUUCCAGGGACAGGAAGAAGACUGGACGGCAGGUCGAGUCUGCAGUCAUCUCCCAAGUCCAGGUAAUAAAAAGCAAAUUGGACGACAUGGAAAUGUCUUAUUUUGUAUUUCAAUAGGUAUUUCCUGUGUUUCGAUACUGUAGGUUAUCUGUAGAUUCAGUUUUGUAAUAGUCCUUGGGAGCUUUGUUUACUUUAUCAAGGAGAAGAUCAGUUCCAGGAUAAAUGGUGUUGACCAGUAUUCCGUAAUUAAUGAUUUCAUACAUAUCAAAAACAAA